CUGCGUUGCUGAGCUCGUGGACGGCGAAGUUGUAGGCAUCUUCGAAGCGCUCGUUGGCCUGCUCUUCGUCUUCAUCGGGGUCUUCGGGCACAAUGCGCACCAGCAGUUCGUUUAACGCGUGUUCGACGCGGUCUCGGUUCAGCGAGGCCAUCCGGGCGCGUCGUCCAUUGCGGCUCAAGGCACAAUCGCGGGGUGUGUGCACGGGCCACCUGGAAACCUCAACACCAUGGACAUCAUCGUCAACUAUCUCGUCCACAACAUGUUUUCUCUCUUCUGUCCCCAACGCUGGAUUGAAAGGGGCAUAGCGGCCGCAAUUAUUUGAUCCAAAUUUUCUCUACUUUCAUGUAUCCUUGGCCUAUCUGCCUACCCUUCACUCACCUGCCAUCAUGGCCAUCAUGCUGUCUCAAGUGAAGAUGGUGUACGACGGCACGCAGCCAAAGAACCGAUCUCUCUUCCAAUACAAAUAUCAUGAUUCUUAGCCUACUAUUCAAUCCCGCUGCUUUCUCUUCUUCGUGAGCGGAAUCUCAUAUACGUUGAUAUUCGUCUCUUACUCACAGCUCAUUGAGUUGACUGCGUCCCUGCCAGAUCCAUCUCACUUAGUGCCCAUUCGCUCUUUAUGAUCCAGCCGUUCGGAUAAGUAAAACAACCCUCGACAGCUCUCACUAUUUCUGUCUCCUCUACAUAAACCUCCCUCUUCCUCUCCAUCCUCUCUCCCCCGACCACUCCUCAAUUCUAUACUUACCAUUCUCAGCUUCUCGAAACAGUUGCCAUGACAAUGUACUUGACUCCUCAGUCCUCCAGAUCUCGCUCACAGACAGUCUUGAGCAAUUCCGGCGAGAUGUUGAACCCAAUCAACGUGGAUGACACACCCAUCACGGUAUCGGAUACAGAGUCCGUGCAGUCCAACCACGAACUGAAUAAUCGACGCAAGGUCACCUUCACUGGAGAACUAAUGCAGACCACUGUCACUCUUGAGUACGGGCGAAAUCUGAAAGAGCAAUCGUCGUUGCACUUGUCGUGUCUUGUUAACCAGAGCACCAAUCUCGCACAUCGAUUUGCAAAUGCGGAGAAUAUCCGCCGCAACUACGCCAAAACAAAAGUUAUGCGUCAUCAGGUCAAAGCCUUGCUCCCCCCUCAACUCUCCGAGAAACAGUUUGGCCGAGAGGACACCGUAGCUCAGGCCGUACAACUCAUCCAUGAGGCUGUCGUGCAGUUUCCACUCUCAGAGUAUCAGGAUAAGCUGACAAAAGCUAUAAUCGAAUGUGUAGACAGUCUUUUCCAGGAUGCAGCCAAUCUCCAGGACGCGCAAAUCUCCCGCCGAGACUAUCCUGCCAACCAAGCCAUCCUUCGUCUACAAGUCAUGAAACCACUCGCUGUGUCGCAAGUCCUGGGUCGCCUCAAUCUUGCGCUCUUUCGCAUCAAAAUAAUAGAAGCCGAUAAAGCUAAAAAGGACGUUGUCAAGGCCGCCGCGCAACAGCGCAUCCUACUCCCGGACACCGAAGCAACUACUGUCUUUGCCUUGAUGCAAUGGCUCUACAAUGAAAAAUUGGACAUGGAUGAUUCGGAUCUUCUCUGCAAAAUUUACAUGCUCGGUCAACACCUUGGUCUUGACGAUCUCGCAUCUGUCAGUCUACAGGUACUCAGCGACUCUGCACGCACUACUGUGGAGGGGCUUCAAACUGCAGGCAUCGCGCUUUAUGAUAUCCUCAAUGGCCACCCCGAACCGUUCAAGGUCCAAGGCAGCAUCGAAGUGCAUCUCAAUCCCGAAGCUGUGCAAGCCGUGUUCAAGUUCGUUCUCGGAGAAGAAACAGCCCCCGACUCACUGAAAGAUUUCGUGAUUUCCGCUAUCGUUCACAACGUGGCGGAUGACGGCGAUCCUCGCGUCAUGGAGAUGGUCUUGGGUACGAUGAAACAGGACAUGAGGGCUGUCAUGUGCUUGAAGUUGGGAGAGAAGCUUGCGGAAGCUUGGGCCAAACAACAAGAACGCCAAGACGAAGUCAUGAAGCUGGAGUCCAAUUCCGACACCGCGGAAACCGCUACUAUUGAAGACCAAGUCAUCGCAAAGACGGAGGAGUGA